UCCCCCAAACAGAAAAUUAAAAAACAAAACUGUAGAAUAUAAACAAGUACUACAACAGAGAGAAAAAGGAAGCAAAAAUGGCAGGGCAAUCAAGAAAAUGGAUGAUAUUAAUAGCAACAAUCUGGAUUCAAGCAUUCACAGGAACGAACUUCGAUUUCUCAGCAUACUCGACGCAUUUAAAAACCGUUCUCGGGAUUUCGCAGGUCCAAUUGAAUUACUUAGCAGUCGCUUCCGAUUUAGGCAAAGUUUUCGGAUGGUCUUCUGGUUUGGCUUUGAUGUAUUUCCCAUUAUGGAUUGUUCUUCUCUUCUCCGCCUUUCUGGGUUUCUUCGCUUAUGCUCUUCAAUGGCUUCUCAUCACAAAUUUCAUCUCUUUGCCUUAUCUUCUGGUUUUUCUACUUUGCUUGAUGGCUGGAUGUAGCAUAUGUUGGUUCAACACUGUAUGCUUUGUUCUUUGCAUUCGGAACUUCCCAGCAAACAGACCCUUAGCUUUGUCACUCACAGUAAGCUUCAAUGGUGUCAGUGCAGCCUUAUACACACUUGUUGGUAGGGCUAUAGAUCCAUCAUCAAGUGAUAUAUAUCUUCUAUUAAAUGCUCUUCUCCCGCUUAUUAUAUCUGUUGCGGCAUUGCUUCCGAUUCUUCGCCAACCAUCUUUAGAUCCCCUGUCUCCUGAUGGAAAUCGCCGCGAUUCCCUUAUAUUUCUCAUCUUGAACUUCCUAGCUAUCCUCACGGGAAUCUAUCUCCUUCUCUUUAGUUCAAGUAACGCGUCAAGAGCUUCUCUGCUGUUGGGUGGCGCGAUUUUCCUUCUCAUUUUUCCUCUGUGUAUUCCUGGUAUGGUCUAUGCUAGACACUGGUUUCACCGGACCAUUCAUUCCAGUUUUGAACUCCAUGGCUCUAGCUUCCUACUUAUAGAUGAUGAUGAUCUUGAACUUCACAAAGAGUUACUAACCCGCGAACUUAGUAUUCAAGAAAAUGGAGAUGGAAACAUGUAUGGAAUUACAAGACAGACGAGCGCUAGCGAGAAAGAAGGUUGCUGUGAUACAAUGGUUGGUAAAGAUCGGCUCGCAAUGCUUGGGGAAGAACACUCUGUAUGGCUGCUAGUGCGCAGGCUCGAUUUCUGGCUGUACUACAUUGCAUAUUUCUGUGGAGGCACUAUUGGCCUGGUAUACAGCAACAAUCUAGGCCAAAUUGCACAGUCACUUGGACAGGGCCACAACACUACAACUCUUCUUACGCUGUAUUCUUCCUUCUCCUUUUUCGGCCGUUUGCUUUCAGCGGUGCCUGAUUACAUACGCGUGAAGAUGUAUUUUGCAAGAACCGCAUGGCUAACAAUAGCUCUUGUGCCAACUCCGGUCGCCUUCUUCUUGCUAGCUUGGUCAGGCAAUGCAAUGGCAUUAAAUAUAGGAACUGCAUUAGUGGGACUGAGCUCUGGAUUCAUAUUUGCUGCAGCUGUUUCAAUAACAUCAGAGCUAUUUGGGCCGAACAGCGUAGGAGUUAAUCACAACAUUCUCAUUACCAACAUUCCAAUAGGCUCACUUAUUUACGGACUUCUCGCUGCUUUAGUAUACGAUGCUCAUGCGCUCCAUAGCGUGAUGAACGUCAAUUCCGACUCGGUGGUUUGUAUGGGGAGGCAGUGCUAUUUCUUCACAUUCGUAUGGUGGGGUUGCAUAUCAGUUGCAGGGUUAAGCUCUAGCAUGCUGUUAUUCUUUAGGACUAGGCAUGCCUAUGAUUUAUUCGAGCGAAAGAGGAUUUCGCAACUGUAUUAAUUAAUUGGAGGAAAGAAACAGUUUUAGGUGUUGUAAUUUAGCUAAAGAUUUUGACAUUUUGACCCGAGUAAAUCAUCAAACAAGAGAAGGUGUUACCUGACUAUUGUAUAAUUUGUUUUCUUAAGAGCAGAAUUCAUUUUAUCAA